GAAAUCAACUGGCAAUGGGAAACAGGAGUUGGGAUUUGGGACUUUCAAGAUUACUGAUUUGUUUAGCGCUGCGUUUGGGUUUUGCAACAUUUUGCAAAGAAAUAGAUACCAUUAAAUUUAUGGAUUCAUUAUAGUGUCUUCAAUUUAACUUAGUAACCAUUAAGAAUGUUUUGGAGCGCUAAUUAUAUGACUAUUAGGCAGUUGAACUUUCUUCUUAAGGAGGAGAAUGUAACUUUAACACAAAUUCUGGAGGCGGACGACAUCCUUCAGGAGUGUAAAGCGGACAACAAAGAUCUAAUACGAUUUCUAACAAGACCGGAGAUCUUAGCAGAACUCAUUGCCCUAAUAACUGAGGAGCCAUCUAAGGAUUUAGAAUUAACAACACAGUACAGACAUUCAAAUAUUGCCUGUGAAGUGCUAACCAGCCAGUUGUCUGGCCUGAUGUCCAGUCUGUGCAUUGAUGUGAAGCAGAUGAAUCGACUUUGUGAUUUCCUGAAUAGGGAUCCACCUCUUAAUCCAUUGCUAGCAUCAUACUUUAGCAGAACUAUUGAAACAUUGCUGAAAAGAAGCCCUAUGCAGGACUGCUACUUGCACCACAUAUUAUGUUUACGAGCCCUGGACUUCUUUAAGGCUCGGAAGGAUUUUUUACCUAAUUUAUUAAGACACAUUGCCACCUCUGCUAUAGCGGAUACCAUAAAAUAUUUUGUAUUCUAUCUUGAGGAGCCUUUUAGUGAAAUAAUUGAAAAGUGGCUGGUUGAAAAUGAGUUUUUGGAAAAUCUUAUACAAAUAAUUUGCUGUGAUUAUGAGCCCAAUGAAAUUCAGGCAACACCUGUACCUGUGCCAAUAGAACAAAAGACAGAAAAUGAUGUCGAGAAAGGGGUGCACGAGGAGAGUGAAAAAGCAGAGGCAAGUCACAAGGACUCCAUCAGCGGUGGGGACUCUAGUAAAAAUAGCGCGGGGAUGACGGAACGCACGCGGCGACUGCAAGUGGCGGCGUCGGCCAGUGCCAGUGCCCUGGCGUGUGGCUUAGCGGGCAGGUGGGCCGGGGAAGACUGGCAACCUUCUUGGACGACGCGAUGCUUGAGCGCCCGCUUACGCACCAAGCCCUUGGUUAACGCGCUCCUUCUCGGCUGCUUCUGUAGUCCCCCGGACUUCUACGACACCGCGCUGUUCAACGCCUGCCGUCUUCUGCGAGUGCUCAUCCAGCCGUUGGAAGAUACGUGCGACGUGGAGCUGCGAGAUGUGACGCCGCAUCUGCGGCUGCUGCAGCAAGAUCUAUUGCGCGAGCCAGCGAUUGGGCCAAGCGGGCGCCGGCGGGUGGGAGCGGCGCGCCUCCAGGUUGUGGCGCUCAUGGCAGAGCUCAUGGGAACUCAAGAGCCCAUGGUGCACAUGGUCAUGCGGACACUGGGCAUGCCUGAUGUGCUGCUUGACAUGUUCUUUGCCUUCCCCGACAACAACUUCCUACACGCGCAGGUCUGCACGAUGUUGCACAACAUAUCACAAAACAAAUCACAGGCCCCGGUCUAUUGGGUACAGCUGGUGGAAGAAGGCAACUUGCUGACCCGGCUUAUGGACACUUUUGAAGAAAAUGAAGAUAAGAAGACGACGCGUCGGUCGAGCUUGAUGGGUCACGUGACAGUCGCCUGCCGUACUUUGGCGGCGGCGGGCGUUGGCUCGUUUGCGUUACCCGAAGUUCGCGAACGAUGGGAUGCCUUUCUGCAGAACCGUCUCCAACCGCUGCUGACACGCCUCGAUGCGCCACUCGGCGGCGAGUACCCAUCGGAGACAUGUUACGAGAUGGAGGCUGGCAAGGAAAGCGUGUCGCAGUAUCCAUCUGCGGACAACUACAGCGAUGAUUUGUGGGAGGACAACCCCAGUAAUGUUUUGGAUUUCGAUGAAGGCAUGCAGAUGGCGCUUGACUUGCCGUGGGAGCGUAGUUCCGGAUGGGGAGAUGAAGAGGAGAAGAAUGAGGGUGAGGAAGGAGCUUCCCUCCCCCUGCCCCUCCCUGAAGACGAGGGUUGGGCCCAGUUCGGAAGUGAUACGUGUCUGCCCCCCGUUGAUCCCUUUGCCCCACAAGAGUCCCAUCCAUGGAACCAGAACGUUGCAGAAAGCGGCGAGGAGAAUUGCAAUAUGACUGAACUGCAAGCUGAGCUGAAUCAACUGCAGCUGGACGGUACCGCUGAACUGACUCACAACUUGCUCUCUGCUCUCAGUGGCCUCGCCCCUCAUCACCUAGCCGAGCUCGCCGAUACCGCGUCGCAGCUCCCCCCUGCCUUACCCCCCACAGACCCUCCGAUAUCAGACCUUCAAACCAUAAUCACCAGCGUCGAAAGCACCACCGACCCAAAAACUGAAGUUCAACCUCCCCUCGGAAAUUCUGACGCAACCUCGAACUCCAACAAUCCUGAUACCAAUGCUUUAUUUACUGAGGAAGUCACGUCUCAUAAAACUAGUGUUGAAAAAUCCGUCAGCAAUUCUACGUUUAAUGACCUUGAAAAUGAUGACAAGGUAUCCAAUGAGGUCAACCCUAACGUGUCAAGUGUUGGGAAAUCUGACACAGAAAUUAUAAAUGAAGUCGGCAAGACUGACACCCAAAUUAUAAAUGAAGUCGGCAAAACUGACACCCAAAUUAUAAAUGAAGUCGGCAAAACUGACACCCAAAUUAUAAAUGAAAUCGGCAAAUCAAACGCCAAAUUGUCAGAUGAAGUCGUAAAUCUUGUCACCGAAGUAUCUGGGACGAACAAUUCCGAGACCAAAAUAGUGAGUGAGGUGGACGAUUCCAAGGCAUCUAGCGCGGUUGACAGCCCUGACCUCACUGCGGCCGAGAGGUGAUUCCGCCGCAAAUCCCAUCACAAGAAGCCUCGCGCCCGUCUCUUACCUUCCUCUCGAACUCGUAGCUCUGUCCAGUAAAGGCUGUCAUCUGGCUAGUUAAAACUCAAUUUUAUUAAACUGUAUAUUUAAGACGGUUUCGAAGAUUUAAAGGGUUGUGGUGCUUGCGGCUUGUAAAUAUCGGUUAAGCGACAUUCGCUUAUGGAGUUAAGUCAAUUUACCCGAGGAUAGCGACACUCGACACGAGGUCACAUAAAUAUUGCUUGUUUAUUGUUUUAUUAUUCAUUAGUUCUUCCGAUAGUUGAGACGUCGAGUGAAGUUGUUUUAUUUACUAAUUAAAUGAAAUAUUUGAUCUCUUAAUUUCGAUUUGAUCUUCAUCGUAAUGUCACCCACGUGAUGCGAAACAUUCAUGAUACCUCAGUGUAAAAAACAGUGCAAAAUUUUAAAGAUUUUUGAGGAACUUAUUGGACCAUUUUAUUAUAUACAAAUUUACAUUACGAAUAAUGGCGAAUGGGCUGUGAGCGUCGUUUUAUAUUUUGAUUUAAUGCGUAUAAUGGAGUAAUGGAGUUUCCAAUAUCCACUUAAUCUGAUAUCUAAGUCGGUAUUAACUAUUUAUGUAAAUUGUGCGGCUUUAGGCUUAGAUUUUGAUGAAUUAUAUUAGGGUUAUUUGAUCGUGGGAGAUAACAUACUCGGUAAGUGAAAGUGAGGACACAAUUGUUCGGCGCUCACGGCCGCAACCUGCUUUCAGAUACAGCACAGCUCAGUAUUAUUGUAUAGUAAUACCUGUCGAUCUGGGUUAUACAUGCGUAUCAAUGCCUCCUAUAUAAAAUUGUAAGUGAUGGUCGGUGGUCACGUUUCGGUUACCGGCGUCGGUGGUGCGCUUCGUGAAGGAAUUCAAUUGCUCAAGUUUUGUAAGACAUUAGUUUAGCUGUUGUUCGAGUUGAAGCGGUCCGUUCGGAAGAUAACUAUAGUCGAAAUGAAUAACUGUAACCCGCUUCGAAUGAAGUAUUCGAAGGAACGGCGCUCGUGACCGAAACGUUUCAAGUGACGGUGAUAAAAGGCAACUUUAAUUCGGCUGCCAGCCAGUAGUCGAUACGUGUUCAAUUUGUACGGUAGCGUAAAUAGUGUAACGCGUAGCCUUAACAUUGUACCUUAUGUAGUCGAUUGCUUCCUGAGGCGCUCCUAUCUCGCCGUGUAUAUCGUUUAGGUACAUAUCGAUGCCACGUCCUUUACUUUGCUCCCAAACUGGGCCUUACUUUCUCCUAAACCAAAUUGAUCAUCGCUUUAGCAUAUAUUUAAAAAUAUGUUAAGGGCUGUUCAAUAAAAAAUAGGGAUUACAUACUAAAACGAAAACAAACUAGUCCAAUCAGAGACAGGGCUUACGAUUCGUCGUUUCGUUGCACAGUUUAAACCCCUGAUACUAUCGUUUCUGUAGAACUCUUUGUGUUUUUGUGUUUAAUUGUUGGACCUGCUGGCUUACUCUGUAAUUUGAAUAAUGAUGCGAUCCUAUUCUGUAUUGGUCCCACGUAGUUCUAAGAUGAAUCAGUGCGUCGAUGAAAGGUCUACUAAUUAUUGUAUUUCGUAAAAGAGGUCCAAUUUCAGACAAUUUUUAUGUCAAGAUCGGUAUUGGUUUUACAGAGUAAUCCUGAUCAAGUUUUUGAUUCUUAAAUAGUAUUUAGAGAAUCGUGCUGUGGCGUCGCUUCGACUUUUUAAAAUUAUAUUUUGUACCUAUUUAGGUACAAACAGUUCACGGUACAUCUGUGUUGUUAAUGUUAUAGGUAAUUUUGUUACGCCCAUUGUUGAGCUUAUGAUAUCAAAUGUAAAGUUUAAUUGUCGUUAUCGCUCCUACAUAUCUGCGUAUCGGUGUAGUACACCCUUUGUGCCGUGAUAUAUUGAAAAAAAUUUAAACGAAUGUGCAAUAUGAAAUUGUUUUAUCGUUUGAAAAUUAUUAUCGUUGCAUCAGCUCGUUAGCCUUUUGUACAUUGCCAAACAGUCUGACGCUUGUUCCGAACAAUGUUUUAUCUGUGGUAUUUUAUGAUCGUAAAGUGUAAGAUAGACUUGUUUUUCAUAUAGUCCGUUUGAAAUGUAUUAAGUAUAUAUUCGUAGACGUCAGUAUCCACCGAAGAUUCGGUUUUAGCAGUACGAAGGUAGUUAAGGUGUAUUUGAGAUCCGAUGCAUAUCGCUACUGUAUCUAGUUCCAAACCGAGCCUUGCUAUGUGUAUUAAGAUUUUUGUUGGUUUAAGUGACCUUUAUACAAUUUUGUGAUUUACGGGCCACACGUGCCGAUGCCUAGUGCAUGUUAACGAUUUCAAACCCUCAGUAUUGCGUAGGUCAUAUCGCCCUUUCAGUUAUUAUAUCUAAAUCCCACAGGUUUUUCUCGUUAACUCGCACUAGUUACUCGUUACUUACACUUGUUUAAGGGAAUAGUGAAUGAAGUUGAAUGUGAUUAGACGGGCGUCGCUGCGUCAGUCGCCUUCUAAUAUAAAGUACCUAAAUGAAGUUAAAUUAUAUUAUUUGUAUUUCAUUGUAUAGAGACGCAUCUUCACGCACGCGACGUCCAGCGAAAGGUGCUAAUUUUAAGGUAUAAUAUGAGCGCUGUACGUAUGUUUGUACAUUAAUAUACAUUAUUAGAAUAAUAACUUUAGCUAAAUAAAAAAAAACCUCUCGUUAUAUUUGCACAACAACCAUUAAGUAAGCCUGUUUGCAGAAAAUCCGUAUCUCAGGUGAAUCCAUAUAUCACGCAAGACUAGUACAACUAAAAUUGCUUUUAAUUGUUUGUAUUACGGACGUAGACUAUUUAUAGUAUUGAAAUUCUUUUAACAUUUGUAGGUUACACGAAUUGUUAAUUUUGGGUCUAAAAUUAAUCAGUUCCUUUUAAAAUGUCAAUUUUUUUCAUUAUGGCGCUCAUAUUGUCUUCCCGAGGUCAAGCGUAUUAUGAACCAGCUAUUACCCAACAGAACUUGUCUGUCCAACUACUCACUUAAUUAUAAUGGUAAGCAAUGUAAGAUAAACGAAAGCAGCAAAUAUAUGUAAUGUUUGAGAA